AUGUUAGUAAAUUAUAUUACAGAUAAUAUUGAAAGUAAUAAGAUAAAUUCAUAUAAUGCAAUGUAUGAUAACAAAAUCAACAUAGAUGAAUACUUCAAAGAAAUAUAUCAUAGUGCUGUGAAGUAG